UAAUUUUAGUAAACAAACAGCACUCAGAAAAGUUUUUCUCAAUUAAUGUAACUCCAUACAGUAUACAGAAUACAGGGAAAGUUUAAACUAGUGAUGCACCAUGAUUGGUUCUAACAGAAUUACAGGUAUACAGACUCAAUCAACCCCACCUUCUGUUGGCUCCCUCAGAGGGAUAUUGAUUGGAUGCACAGUUUUUAUUUGUGGGGAAAUCUUUGGAUUUGUUAUUGAAAAGGGAAGAGUAUUUGAACCAUCAGUUGUAUUUGAUCAAAUGUUGAUGAAGAGAUUUGUUAUGCUGAAAAUGUUUUUAUCAGCUGUAAUUUCAGGUAUGUUCUGUAUGUCUGUGUUGUCUAUGCUGCCAUUUACCAGACAGAAAUUCCUGAAUGCUAGACAGACUUUGGUGAAUGACUUACAAGGGAAAGGCUAUGUAACUGUGAUGUUAGGUGGUUUUAUCCUUGGAAUUGGAAUGGCAUUAGGUGGAACAUGUCCAGGUGUUGUAUUUGCUCAGCUUGGCACAGGUACACAGAAUGCUGUGUAUACAUUGCUUGGAACGUUAGCUGGGGCAUUGUUAUAUGGAGUUUUGGAACCAACCUUGAUGUCAUUAACUAAACCAAACAAACCAGUAAAAUAUCAGUUUUUAUUCCAUCUGUUAGGCUCCCCAUAUCAUACUACAGCAAUUCCUGUGGCAGCCAUAUUAAGUGUUAUUGUCUUUACGCUUGAAAUAGUUUAUCCCUGGGAUACUGAAGUGAAGGAUUCAGAGAGUACCAGCAUGUGGAAAGCAUCAAGUUGGCCACCAUUUUUUACUGGUUUAAUAGUUGGAAGUCUUGAGGUUCCAUUGAUCCUGAUAGCAGGUGGACUUCUUGGUGCUAGCAGUAGUUAUUGUACAGUGAUGGCACAAGUUUUGGUAACAGAUAAAAUGAAACAAAAAGUACCAUAUCUUGUCAAAUUUAAAUCAGGAUUGUCUAAUUGGUGGCAAGUGGUGUUUGUUGUAGCAGCCAUCCAUGGAGCCAGUUCUUCAUCUCAAUUGUCUGGGACAUAUGGAACUAUAGAAGGCCAAUCGGCACUAAUGUCAUUCUUUGGUGGUGUAUUAAUUAUUGUUGGGGCAAGACUUGCUGAAGGUUGCACAAGUGGACAUGGAAUAUCUGGUAUGGGACUAUUAAAUAGCUUAUCUAUAGGAACUAUAAUGAGUAUGUUUAUUGGAGGAAUGUUGUCUGCCAAGUGUAUCCAAAUGCUGACAUAAAAUAAUAUUACAAUAUGGUUUGUUUGCAUUUUUUGGGUUUUUAAUUUGUUUUGUUUUUUGCAAAGCUAAUUUUUGUAAAGGGCAUUUUUCAGGCCUUUUUGUAAUGUAAUUUUUCAUGUUUUAUUUUUUAUAAUGUUUAUAUCAUAAAUGAAAUAUGUGGGAUGUUUUUGUAAAUCAUAAUUUUUUUGUAUUUUUACUUUACAGUAUAUAAACAGCAGUCUAACUACACAAUAUCUUACCACACUUUGUCUUUAUGUUUUAAUUGAUAUAUACAUUAGUAUUAAAUGCAAGUAAAUUUUAUGUGUAAUUCAAUCAAUGACAAUCAUUCUGUAUCAGCCAUCUGUGAUGAUAUCUAUAUCAGUCACAGUUGCAAACACUUUAUCAGGCCCUUAUUCUGUAUUACCUCAUGUCACAUGAAAUAUAUCCGCAGCCUAACUUAGAUCAUAUUUUUUUCUAAACAAUUCCUAAAUUUGUGAUAUGUAUAUAUAAAAGUCCUUUUCAAAGGAACACUAGAAAUUAAAUCAAAGCCAAAGUAAAUAAAUAAUUUCUAUAACCUCACAGAAUUGCUGCAAGUUUAACUUCAUCUGUUUCGGUUCUUAUAUAUCUUUGAGUGUUCCUGAUGAAGGUAAAUCCAGAAAAGUGCAUCAGAGGCAUUACAUUUAUAUAGUGUUGUUUUAAUUUUUUUAACCUCCCCAAAUAAAAAAAUAAAGAAUAUCAAAAGAGGCAAUUAUGUCUUAAACAGAGAGAUAAAAAAAAGAGGAACAAACAAAAUAUUGCACAAUACUAUUCCUCUUUAUAUUUCACUUAAACAGAGCUUAAAUUUCAAGUGUUAAUUUUACCUCCCAGAAUGGAGAAGAUAUGAUAAAAAAUACCAAAAAUAAUAUAUUUUCAUCAUCAGAUUUGUGAGACCUCUGAGUCUUAUAAUGAAGUGAUAUGAACAAACAAUGAAAAUUUGAAAAGACCUAAAUUAUCAAGAUUUGACUUGUAUCCCCAUCAGUUAAAAGUAAAAUAACAAAAAUACUGAACUCCAAGGAAAAUUCAAAUCAGAAAGUCCCUUAUCAAAUGGCAAAAUGAAAAACUCAAAACACAUCAAACAAAUGGAAAACAACUGUCAUAUUCCUGACUUGGUACAGGCAUUUCCUCAUGUAAAAAAUGGUGGAUUAAAUCUGGUUUUAUAUCUAGCUAAACCUCUCACAAGUAUGACAGUCGCAUGACAUUCCAUUAUAUUUUUAUAGCCAGCAAACCCUCUCACUAGUAUGACAGUCGUAUAAAAUUCCAUUAUAUUGAAUAAGAUAUAAAAAGAUUAGUAAGACUGACUAAAUAAAUUCAACACAAUACACUGUACUUUAUCAGAAAUGAAUAUUGAUAUUUACAACAAAAUCAACUGAAAAUAAAGGUAUACCUGUAUAUUGAUGGUGUAAUAAGUCACACCAUGGACAUCUUCAUGAUAUAUUUGUUAUUCAAACUUAUUCUCAGGGAUUUAGUAUUUUUGUGAUAAUUAUUUUUUAGAAGAGCAGUUUUCAAAGUAAUGGAUAUUUUUUAAAUGAACUUUUGUGACUGCUGCUUUUGUGUGAAGAGAUACUAGUAGAUAUUAAGUUUAAAGUUGGGGCCUCAGUGGCCGAGUGGUCUCAGUUGUUUAACUACUGUAUCACUAGCCUGUCAACACUGAGGUUAUGAGUUCAAAUACUGCAUGUGACAGGUGAUCUCAACUCCAAUCUUAAUUGACAAGGAUUGUUAGUUUUCCUACAGAAGGUCAGUGGUUCUCUCUGGGCACUCUGGCUUCCUCCACCAAUAAAAACUGAACGCCACAAAAUAGCACAAUAGUGGUGUUGAUUACCAAUCAAUAAGUUUUACAGAAUUUUUUUUUAGAAGUAUUCAUGUUUUUUUUAUCACUCAAACUUUAUAUUCAGACAUAACUGAUUGGUUUCUUCCUCCCUUCCCUACAUUGCUGUAAAUAUUUACUUGCAAAAUUUUUUGUGAAAAUCAUUUUUAUUUAAAAAAUAUACACUAUACAUUAUUCAUCACAUUUAAAACCAUAAAGUAUUUAGAAAAUUUAUUCACAAGUAAGGAUUGCUACCUUCAUAUAAAUGGCAGCUAUAUAAGCUACUUUAAUUUUUUUAUCUUUUAUUCCUUACUUUCUGAAACGACAGUACAUAGUGACAAUGUAUUCAUUUUUUGUUUCAUUCGGUUGCUAUUUUGUGUGUCUUCAUCACUUUUUGUCAGGAUAUCUAUAUUAAUAAGAGACUGCAUUUCAAUGACAUUUUGUAUCUAAUACUGUUGUGUACCAGCCUAUUUUAUUUUUUGGUACAAAUUUCUUAUGGCAUAACAUGUCAUAUCUACAAAUGAUGUAGACAUCAUGUAUCCAUAAUUCCUCCAUAUAAACGAUGACCUAUUUCAAUGAAAUUUUCAUACAAAAUGCCAUUGUACAUUUUCUAUUUUACACAUCCAUUCAAUUAAGUUUUGUAAUGGCAGCAAUAACAAUGUUUUAGUUUGUCAUAGUUUGGUUUUAAGAGAACCACUAGUGUUAAGUCAAUAUUUGGUAUGCAGUUGUAUUAGCAUUGGCACAUCACAUUUUCAUGGAGAUUAGUUGCUGCCCCCUUAGUCUUGGUUAAUUGCCUUUGCAACUUUUACCUUAGUUUUAUGUAUUAGUUUGUGAUAAGGUCAGUUUAAAAGGAACCACUAGUGGUAGGUCAUUGGCAUAUAUAUCUCAUUUCCAUGGAGAUUAUUUCAUCGAAAAAUAUAUUUAGGUUCCACUACUGUUUCUAGAAUGUCACUACUGUACAUUUUAUAAUGUUAAGGGAGUUCUCAAAAGAUAUACUCUGCUACAUGUAUACCUGCAAGUCCCUAUCCUGAGCGUUAAUCUUUAAUUAGAUUCACAGUUUGUCUAUACUCAGUGUGGGGCUGAUGUUAGAACUUGAUAUUUGGUUUGACACUUGUCUGUUGUUAAAGACUUCUAUUGUUGGUUACUGUUUUCAAAUAGACUAUACCUUUGCACCUAAACUCCGGAAGGUUAUCCAAAGGCUAUACUGAUAGCAGUAUUUCUUUUAUGCAUUUGUUUCUCACUACAUUGUAUUUAGAACAUGUGGUAAUAUAUAUAUUUGAUGUUUACACAUCCUUUCAGGAUGAUCUUUCAAAUAAAACGUAAGGCUAUACUUUCUUUUAGUUUUAACAAGUAACAACUGGCAGCUAAAUUCUGACAAUAUUUACUACAGUCCCAUAAAACAUUUUGUAUUCAUUUGUUAAACAGAUGUUGUAUUGUUGUAAUUUUCUGUCCUAUAAGCUAAUUAGUUCUUUUUUAUCUAUUUAAUUCAGUUACACAUUUGCUUUUUGGUUUUGUUUAUUAUUUAUGUACUAUAUUUACUAAUUGUUGCAAUUGUUUACAUGAUUAUAGUAACAAUAAUAAAAUUU